AUGAGCGCAAGACAUCAAGUUUCCAAACAAGAGCUUCCCAUGCGGACAACCGUCCCCGUGGACGACGACGAUUACACCUCAUCCUCCGGCUCUUCCUCAGAUGAGAGCGAGGACGAGGAAUCUGACGAUGACGACAACGAGAUGAUGAUCGACUCGAAGCCCACUUCUACCAAGCCCGAAACCGCCAACGGAACCUCAAUACCCAGUAUUCCUGGACGCCCGAAGCCGCAAAUACACCGCAUGGAGGGGGGUUCAGACUUAUUAUCGCGCCUGUCGUCAUUUUUGCCGCAAAUGAAGGAUGCGAAUGAGGAGCUUGAGAAGGAAAUUGCUGCCGGAAGGGGUGAUGCUAUGGUGUUGGAUUCUGUAGAUGAUGGGAAGGAUUACAUAGAGAUGAAUCUUGGAUUAGGAGUACUUAAGGAAAAACGUGCAGAUGGUCAGGAUUCUUCGAGUGAAGAUGAGAGCGACAAUGAGGACCCCGAGGGUUCUGCGAAAACAAAGCAAGACAAGGAGAAACCCGAUGUUCUGGAUAUGCUCAUGGGAGGGAAAAAGGCAGAUACGGAGAAGCCAUCUAUCGAGGAAAUGGCAGAGUAA